CAUCAUAUACGACUGAACAGCCAGCAACAGCUGCCUCAACAUGAAGCUGGUGAUGGUCCUCAUGCUGGCUGCCCUCCCCCUGUACUGCUAUGCAGGUUCUGGCUGCGCAUACUUUGAAGGUGUGAUUAGCGAGACCAUAGAUCCAAGCGUAUCUGUUGACCAAUACAAAAACUCGCUUGAAGAGUACAUACCGGAUGAUGCCACGAGCAAGGCUGUAGGUGAAUUCAAACAGUGUUUUCUCGACCAGUCUAAUGAAACUCUGGAGAACUUUGGAACGUUUAUGAGUUUCAGAAAGGGAAAAUGGACUGUUGUCACCACCACAAAAGAAGGUUUCUCUGUGGGACCUCAACAAGAUGCGGCAGAACAACCAUGGCCUAUGGAUGCUUAA